AUGGGCGAAAACCGAGGACCAGAACUUGCGGCUGUCUUUGGCUUGUUCUUGGGACUCACCUGGCUGUUUGUUGCACUUAGGGUUUAUGUCAAGUCAUUCUUGUCCAAAAGCUGGGGAGCUGACGACUAUCUCCUCAUUAUUUCUUUGAUGCUGUUUACUUCAUACUCUGCUUGUUCUCUCUCAGGAAUAAGACACGGCACCGGCAAACAUACAUUCGACAUUUUGCCACAAGAUAUCCCAAAGGCAAUGUUUAUCUGGUGGCUCUGCGAGCUUUUGUACACCAUCAGCCUGGUCUUCGUUCGUCUCUCGAUUGCCGUUUUCCUUCUGCGGAUAUGUGUCAAGACCGUUCACAAGAUCAUCAUUUACGCAACUCUCGCCAUGAUGCUGGCCUACUCAAUCUUCUACUUCUUCCUCAUCAUCUUCCAAUGCUCUCCAGUUUCGUUCUUCUGGGGCCAGUAUGAAAGCAUGGAUGGUGCAGCUGGCAUAGCAGCCAUGAUCCGAAUCCCCUACAUCAAAGUCCUCGGCAUAACGCAAGAUUUCCUCUUCAACACCAUCGACAUCGCAAUCUGGUCGACCGUCGAGCCGGGCCUCGGAAUAAUCGCCGCCUCAGCCGCAACCCUCCGGCCUCUGUUCUGCAACUUCUACUCGCUCAGCACCCGUACCUCGCAGUCGCAGAAACCCACGCACCCCGCUACAAGCCGGGGGUAUCUGCAGCAGAGCACUCAGCACGAACACCAGAGAUCAAAAUCCGCGUCCACGUUGUCGGAUCAUAUGGAAUUGCGACCUAAGACGCAUACCACAGCUACUACGACGAGCAUUAGAAGUAAAGACCCGUUUGGGGAUGCGUGCGAGAGGGAGGACGGGGGCAUACAGGUGCAGAGGACGGUGGAGGUUACGCGGACGGAAUAUGAGGACCGGUUUAGUGUUUUGAGUGAGGAAGCACAUGCGGGGGGGAAGGAUGGGCGGGAUAUGGUAUAA